UUAUUUUCAUUUUUCACUUCGACUACUAAUCAUUUCCUUUGAUUUUAUAACUUUGUUUCUUCCUUCAUCUUCUUCCUCUUCAUCUUCUUCUUCUUCUCAUAUCUCUCCAUAGGGAGAAGACCAAAGCUCUUUAAUGGCGAGAGGACCCAUCUCCAAGAAUAAACAGUAACCUUCAUUUAUUGUCCUUUGCAAAAAAUUUCCUCAAGGCCAAAUUUUUUAUAAAAACUAAAAGAAAAAUCUUUUCUUUUUAAUUACAUGGGUAGAUGAAGAGACAAGGGUCCCUAUAAUUUUCUCUUUAGAUCUUCAAAAACCCAAAAAACUCAAUCAUGUUGGGGAACUUUUCUUUUUCGUUUGUUAGAGAACAAAAAUCUAUGGCUUUUUUUUUUUAACUUUUCAUGUUUAUCAGUCUUCAUCACAAAGCUGAGUGCUUGAUUGGCUCCACAGACAGUCACUGCAAAAUAAAGUUCUCAUUUUUUUCUCUGACUCAUUUCAGCCAUAAAGCUCUGGUGGUUUUUGAAGAAUAUAAUUGAAGACGAGAGUGUUGAAUGAUUGGUGAAUUUGUUGAUCAUCAAUGGAGAAGAAGAGAUCACCAAGAAGCAGCAAGAGUCCUGGACCUGCAAUUUUCCCUAAAAGCCCUCUUGUCUACGAGAAUUAUAAGUCUGGUUGUGGUUGGAAACUGAUAAAUUUCUUCGAUUUCGGAAAUGUCAAAUCUGGUAAUAAGAGACUUAGUUCUGAGAAGAAAAAGUUCGUCAGAGAUUCUGCUGGCAAUGUUUAUACUAAAAGCCAGCUUGAUUUGCUCAAGAAGCUUCAUGACAAGUGUCAGUGUAACGAUCGGGUUGUGGAAGAAGAGAGUUCAUGUAAGCCUAAAACCAGGAGAAGAUCUUUGAGCUCUGAAAGGGAACAUGACAAGUAUGAAUCUAAACCUGUCCCGGGAUUACUAGAGAGAGAGAUAAGAAGGAUCAAAGAUCUAAAGGAGGAAACUUGCGAUAUCCCGGAUAAGCAAAAACGCUCUUCUUUCAGUGAAACUGAGAAGACAAGUGGUAAGGAUAAGCAAAAGGAUCUAAAGUAUGAGAGAGAUUGUAAGAAGAGUGCAGAGAUUAACCUUCAAGUUUGUGUGAAUGAAGCUGCUGAGACAUUGAUUUGUUCAAAGGCAGAGGAAAAGGGAAAAGACCGGUCUAAGCAGUUCAUGGAGGCUUUAGAUAUUCUAAGUUCGAACAAAGAAUUGUUUAUUACCCUCUUACAAGAUCCUAAUUCUUUCUCAGCGAAAAAAGGUCAAGACUUGGAAGGAUCUAAGGUAAAGGAACCACGGGAUAAAUCUCCAUCAUUGGCUGAUGAUUUAGAUGAUAUUGUUCUCUUGAAGCCUAGUUUAUCUAGCUCAGUUGAUGAUAAAGUCUACUUAAGAUUCAAACAUCUAGCCAAGAAGUUGAAGCUCGUUGUUGGAUCUAACAAAGACAGCAAUCACGCAGAAAACAAACCUGAAGGUAGCGAAACCGAGGCUGCUGCUUUGCGAACAAGCGAAGUCUCUACCAGUACAGUUGGCUACAGAAGCCCGGAGUCACCGGUGUUUAGGCGCAAGAAACGGGUUGAAUCUGAUGUUUUUAAGCUAAGUAUCGAGAACGAUGUUUUACCGAGGAGAUUCCUGGUGGAAAGGCAACAAGAGAGAUCAAACUCUUCACCGGUUUAUGAAGUUCCUUAUGCAUUGAGUAGCUUGCAGACAAAGCUCAAAGAGAGAAGACAGAAGCUGGAGAAGAAGAGAGAGAGCUUUAAAUUGUGGUCUUUGGACAAGAACUUUGAGGUUUUUGACCCGAAUCCGUACAAUUCUGAUCUAAGGUCUCUUGACGAUAGUUGUACAGAUUCAGCUGAGUACAGAAGUCUGAGAACACAUGUAGAAGACAGAUUCAUGGAAGGUAGAUGUCUCAAUAGCUCAUUAACGGAGUCGAAUUCUAGUCUAGAAAGACGAGAGAACAACAUUCAUGACCCAAAACAGGAGCAGGAGCAACCGAGUCCUGUCUCUGUUCUUGAAAGGAUUCAUUUAGAAGACGAUACAGUUGGUCUAGGAAAUCUGAAAAUUUCUAAACUCGAAGAUAAGAUUGGACUCUCUUUUAAUGAUCCACACAUCGAUCUAGUUGAGAAAGAAACUGUUCAUGAGUUUGUGAAGAAAGUUCUUAAAGCUUCAAGAUUGAAUUGGACUAAUCUUAUGGCAAGAUGCAGCGAGGAAACAUCACUACUCGAUGAAUUCUCACACGGUAAUUACAACAACGACCAGCUUCUUCUUGUUCUUGAUUACACCGACGAGAUUGUCCGCGAGAUUUACCGUCAAGACAUCAAAUUUUGGCCUUUCACGUCAUCGGGUAGUUCAAGAGUCGUCAAUCUACAACCAUCCCUUAGAGAAGAAGACCUGAUUCACAAAACGUUGAGACAUUUUGACUGGAGUUUACUCUGCUCUGACUCUCCUACAAAAUCAUUGGAUCAGAUAAUUGAAACUGAUCUGAUAAAGCCAUGUCUUUGGUCAGAUUUUGGUGGUGAAUCUGAAGGCAUUGUGUCUGACCUUGUGGAAAAGAUUCUGCAACAAGUGUUACUUGAAUUCGCCCAUGAGCUAAGAACAAUGCAGAGGAGCCUAUUAUGUGGAUUAAUCUAAUUACUUGGGAACUAUUCAACAUUUUUUUUUGUCUGUAUAAAAAAAUUUAAAAUUUGAGAAUCUUCUCUUGAUGAAUAGUUUUAGUUUAUCUAUCUAAAGUUAAAAAAGAUUCGAUCUUUGAUUCUUUGGUUGGUCUGCUUCAAGUAAAAGCUUCUGAAUCAUUGAAAAGGUUUUGACUUUUGACCA